UAAAAUGGUCUUCGUAGCGAUUCCCAGAUAGAGACUACAAUUAGGGCUCUGAGAAUUCCCCUCCGAUCUCCCGAUCUCCCGAUCUCCCCUAAUUUCUAGCGUUUCCGUCGCGAUUUCGAUCGGCUUCGGUUCGAGGGGAAGCCCUCGGUGCUGACGAUCUCCGCCUAAGAUUUGUUGGAGGAUAUGAGAGCGUCGGAGGAACUCCUGGCCGCGAUGUCCCUCGCCGGCGCGCCGGCGGAGUCUGCGGAUGAAUUUACGGAGGGUUCGUCGUCUCGGAGCGCACUGAUCUCGUCCUCGUGGAUCGUGGGUUGCCACGGGCUCCCGUACAACCUCGCGUUGAUCGUCCCCUCGGCUCUCUUCGUCGUCUAUCUCGCCUCGAAGGCACGGAAGAGCUUUGCGAAGCUCACAUAUGGCCAUUCUUACGUCAUGAUGGCCUAUUACGCUCUCCUGUGGGUCGUCACCGUUCUCAAUCUCUCUUGGUGUCUCGUGCAGGCAUGGGAAUGUACUACUGCUAAGGAAUUAUCUUGGAACAUGUUGUCAUUGUUUACAGAAUCUGGGAUGUUGCUUUUGGAAGUUAGCUUGCUGGCCUUUCUACUCCAAGGAAAUCAUGCAGGUGGAUUGGAAGUUCUAACACGUACUUUUGUUGUCUCAGGAGUAAUUGUCGCUGCUGAUACAUUACUGAAGGCCAUCUAUAUAUUUGGUUUUGGAGUUCCAUUAUUCGCAGACAAGAACAAAACAGCAAAUAGUGGAAGAUGGGGAUUGUGGAUUAUCCACAAGAUGUUGCUUACUGCUGUCUAUGGUUUCAUUUUCUUCAUGCACCACUCAAAGUGGAGAGAAAGGUUACCAGCAAGACCGGCAUUCUACAAAUACGUUUGUGCAAUGUUGUUGUUAAAUACAAUGUCCCUAUUUGGCUGUCUGCUUGCUGGAAAUGGAGCUGGAUUUGGGAUCUGGCUGUUCAAUCUGACAAUGAUAUGCUACCACUCUCUUUAUCUUCCACUUCUAUACAUGGUCUUCCUAGCAGAUUUUUUCCAGGAAGAAGAUUUGCGUUUGGAGAACGUGUACUACUCGGAAAUGAAAGAUGCUGGUUUCUUUGAUGACGAUUGGGAAUAAGAACAUCAGCUUAAUAGGCUGCCGUGAUUGCAGGCUACUGAUGGUGUCAUACUGGCAUCAAACUCUACUGUAAAGGAUGGCAAAGUGUGUUCUUACUUGAUUCGGGAUAGAAGAGACAAGAUGACAUUUUCAUUUGAAUCUGGAAUCACAUUUUGAUGGUGUCUCGACCUUUUCUCGGGUUUGUUGGCUGUUUCUAUUACCAGAAUCGUUAGGAGAUGUUUUUGACUCUUCUCUUCUAUAUCUGCGUGGAUAGCUGUCCUCACAGAUUAUUUUAAUCCUCUUUCACGAUAA